AUGCUUUUAGCCGCAGCCAACUUCAAUCACGCGCUAAGAUUCCAAUUUAUUUUGUUAAUUCGUAUAAAUCAAAUCGGAAAAAUGACCGAGCAUGGCUUAUUAAGUGACGUUAAGAAAGUAAUUCACUCAUUAAUAGUGUCGACACCAGAGUGUGUUACAAUAGAAAGAUUAAAGCGAGACUAUGCAAGCGAAGAAGGGUGCCCAGUGCCCUACAGUAAGCUCGGCUUCAAAGACAUCGAAACCUUUUUGCUCUCAAUUCCCGACACCGUUAAGUUACUGGGCAGCGGACCGAUGGCCCAUGUCGUGGCAAAGAGACACGCCAAGACCGCCCACAUACAAACUUUGGUGCAGUGCCAGAAGAAACCAAGCAACAGGUCCAGAAAUAGAAAACAUGCUAAGCCUAAAUUCAUUUAUCCCUCGGAACAAUCUGAUCUCGUGUUUGUCAACGAGCAACACAGAUCGAACAAUGUGCGACUGAAUAAUAAUAAUCAAUAUAAUAGGUGUCACCGAACUGUUUGGACUUCCAAUAUAUCUGCUGACAAUUAUAUCAAGAAACAACAAGCUUCAGUUGUUUCACAACAAAAAUUAACAAAAGAAACCAAUUCAUUGAUUAAAUCGUUUGCAAAAUUUCCUAUGGCCAAUUUUGAUAAGAGCUCCUCUUCGGCAGAACAAACCAAUUUAGAAAUUUAUGUUGCAAAAGACGAAAUUGAUAUGAAUCCAGAUGAGGCACAGUUGGCCAAACAUUUAGAUAAUCAAUCUCGUUCAAAUAACAAUCAAAUAAUCAAUAAUCAGAAUUCUCGCAUGGAAUAUAUUUCAUCUGAUGAGGGUUGCGAUGAAGAUGCUAUUCCGACAUAUGCCAUGGAUAAAGAAAUACUGGACUACAAAUAUACUGAGGAUGCCUCAUGUUCCCAUUUAGAUAAUGUUGAAACCAAUAUUCAAACAAAGUGGAGAGAGCCACAUAUUGAUUGUAGCUCCUCAGAUGAAGGCAGUGAAUCGGAUGCCAUUCCCGUUUUUGCAGUGGACGCAAGGGUCUUGAGUGUGGAAUAUCCCAAAGAUGCAGUUCGCUUUGAUUUUCAAUUGCCUGCGCAAGACGUGCACAAGAAAUUUAAAUUGGAGCAACGCAUCGAAGUGCAGCUUGUGACGGUAGCAAGUCCGCAUAGCUUCAAUUUUUGGCUAUAUGACGAGGAAUACGAGCAGUACAGAAACAUGUCCUAUAACAUGCAGCGGUUUUACUGCAAUAUUAAUGAGAUAAACUAUACAAUGCCAUUAUUUUUAAUAAUGGUAGGCCACUUGGGCGCUGUUCAACUAAGGGGCGCAGGUUGGCAGCGCGCACAAGUCUUAAAUAUCAAAGCUGGUAGCAGAAAGAAUAUAGAGGUGGUACUUAUCGAUACGGGCGAUCGAAUGUGGAUAUGUCAUACCGAGCUGAAGUAUUUGUGCAAAGACUUUGCCACAUUGCCGCCACAAUGCUGGCCCGGCAGACUGGCCUACAUUACGCCCAGGCAGGGUACAUGCUUUUCUAUGGAGGCAAGCAACUACUUCUACGAUAUUGUGUGCUAUCGUAGACUCUAUGCGAAAAUUGAGAAGAUAAACGAUGCAGAUAAUACCUGCACUAUGAUGCUGGUAGAUCCAAAUAUUGCCUUGCACACAAAGAGCAUUUACAUGGCACUCAUCGAGGCUGGUUGGGUGCGUCGCUGUUACAAGCCUUAAAGAAAAUUUUAUAACUGCAGAUGAAGUUAUGAAACUGUUAUUGGAACUGUUUCACAUUUUGUUUUUGAUUAGUUUUAAGACAAAAGACCUUAGACUUAGUGUAGAGUAGUGUUGAAUGAAAGACUUUGCUUAAGUUUUAUGUUAAGGCAA